GAGAGAGAGAGACGGGUCUAGCAAUCGUGGGAGGAGUUCCUCUCACGAUUGGGUAACAGGCAGAGAGCAAAAGAAAAGUAUUGCAACAGUUUAGAUAACUGCUGACCAAACAAAAUCUGCUUUCGAGGAAGGGGGCAUCUUAUACUUGGAACUGAGGAGAUUGGAGAUACUUCCCUCGCGGGAGGGCAGAGCCAUUAGCGGUGGAGGAAGACUGCGAGCGCUCUUGUCGUCUGUUCCCGGUUGAGCCCUGUAGCGAAGGCAAGAGGUUUGGCCAGUUGGGAUGGACAUUUCAGCCACUAAGCCGUGCCUGGAGGGGGGAAGAGGAGGAGGACGGAGGGAGGAUGGUGCCCCCUCUCCUCGCCCACUGGAGGUAGGGAUGUCCUUCACGGAGGAAGCAGUGUCCCUACUCACCACCAACAGCCUGCUGGCCAGGUCCCUGCUGGGCACCAUGCCGGCCAAACCCACGGACGCCAUCGCCGCCGCCAACCGCAGGAAGCGUGAGUUCACCCCGGAUGAGAAGAAGGACAGCAGCUACUGGGACAAGCGCAAGAAGAACAACGAGGCAGCCAAGAGAUCGAGGGAGAAACGGCGAGUCAACGACAUGGUCCUGGAACAGAGAGUGAUCGGCCUGCUGGAGGAGAACGGGAGGCUGAAGGCCGAACUCCUGGCCCUCAAGUUCAGGUUUGGCCUCAUCAAGGACCCCACGGAGAUGAUGGUCACCCAGAGCUCGGCACCCCCCCUCUACUGCAUGACCGACAUCCGCUCGCCCUUCGUGCCCGCGCCCGAGGCGGGUUACGUCACACGCUGCAAGGUCUUCCCCGCACACGACCAGCCGUCGGCGAGCAGCCUUGGGGUGGAGCAACAGGAGUCCGCCGUUGUAUCCGAGGACUCGGGCAUCUCCACCCCCGGAAGCUCCAACGUGGGAAGCCCAGUCUUCUUCGAGGACCACCUGGGCGACCAGGGCAAGUUCUCCCCCAACCGGGAGUACCACCUGGAGGGCCCGCUCUCCUCCCACAGCGACGGAGAGGCCGACCUGGGCAGAGGGGGAGAGAACAAGAAGCCCACCAGGUCCCAGGAGCUGAUGGAGUUGGUUCGCUGUCUGCCCCAUAAGCUGCGGUUUAAGAUGGGAGCCGGGGUGGAGGAGAUGUUUCAGACGUCAGUGGGCAACAGAACUGUCUGUGAGCAACAGGGCCGGGAGCAAGGGCCAGGCUAUUACACCAACUCCUCCACGCCUCACCUCCCUGCCGCCAGUUUGGUCUCACCUGCCUGGAAGCCCCAUGGUGGGUUUCCAUCAGACGAGAGCAGAGCACCCAUCAACAACAGGUACCUUCAGGAAGCUGCACAGGCCAACAUCCCCCAUGCACCCUCAGACCACACAAAGACCUCUCCAAAGGUGGACUCCUCAUUCAGGUCCGAAAACAAUGUCCUCAGGAACCAGCUUGCCUCACUCUCCGCAGAAGUCGCUCAACUCAAGAAGAUAUUUUCCCAACAAAGAUGCACUGGUUUCAAUUAAUCCAUUUCAACAUUUGUAACUCAUGUAAAUGUGUUCGGCUCCCUGCUCACUGGUUAAAUUAUUCGCAUAAAACUGAGGUUGUGCAAAUAUUUAUUGUGACUGGAUUUCAAAUGUGUAUAAAUAUAUUUUUACUUUAUUUUCGAA